UAUCGGGAACUACUUUACGGAAGUUCUCUUGUUAAUUCGACCCGUCCGUUUGUCGUUUCUCGCCAUUCCGACUUGUAACGUAUUGUCGAAAUUAACGAUUAUUUUUCGACACUAAUUUGUCAGAAUUUCUAAAAUUUUCCAUUUUGAAAGUUUAACUCUAUUUAUCAAACGAUAUCGAUUAACUACGAGCUACCCGCUCUCGCUAAGCUACUCGCAACAUCGGAAAUCAUCCGGAGAUUUCUAGCAGCGGCAGUAUAUAUUCAUAUUUCUCCAUGUUUAAUCGUGACCGAGAUCAGGGUAGAGGCCGUCGUGGUGGUGGUGCUGUUAGGGGUGGCACUAGCAGAGGCGGCAGUGAUAAUGGACGAGGGCACAUUGUCAGCAGAUUUAGCACACGUGGUAGAGGAGGUGUCAGUAAUAUAAGAGGUGGCUUAAAAGGGAAACAGCCUGGUGGUGGCCUAAGGAGAGUCAAUUGGGACCUACGUACUCUGGAACCAUUACGCAAGGAUUUUUACGUUGAGCAUCCUGCAGUUAGAAAUAGAUCUAAGGAAGAAGUAAUCCAAUUCCGGGAGAAUACAGAAAUAACAGUGAAGGGUGAAAAUGUUCCUAACCCUAUACAAUAUUUUGAGGAGGGAAAUUUUCCUCCUUACGUAAUGGAAGGCAUUCGUAGACAAGGAUAUUCACAACCUACUCCAAUUCAAGCUCAAGGAUGGCCUAUUGCCCUCAGCGGCAGAGAUCUUGUCGCGAUUGCUCAGACUGGCUCCGGGAAGACUCUUGGAUAUAUUUUGCCUGCAAUUGUGCAUAUCAUACAUCAACCGCGCCUAAGCAACGGAGAUGGUCCGAUCGCUUUAAUCUUAGCUCCGACCAGAGAGUUGGCUCAACAAAUUCAAGAAGUAGCUAAUUGCUUCGGCGAAUCCGCAGCUGUGAGAAACACUUGUAUCUUCGGCGGUGCUCCGAAAGGACCACAAGCGCACGAUUUGGAUAGAGGCAUUGAGAUAUGCAUCGCUACUCCGGGUAGACUUAUAGAUUUCUUAGAAAAAGGGACUACAAACUUACGUAGGUGUACGUAUCUAGUACUUGACGAAGCUGACCGAAUGCUGGACAUGGGAUUUGAGCCUCAGAUACGAAAAAUUAUCGAGCAAAUACGUCCCGACAGGCAAGUGCUAAUGUGGUCGGCGACAUGGCCUAAGGAAGUCCGCGCCCUCGCAGAGGAUUUUUUGACGGACUACACUCAUCUCAAUAUCGGGUCGUUGACGCUGUCAGCAAAUCACAAUAUCACACAGAUUAUCGACGUUUGUCAAGAAUUCGAGAAGGAUUCGAAGCUGUUCAGAUUGCUACAGGAGAUCGGCAAUGAGAAAGAGAACAAGACUAUUAUAUUUGUGGAAACUAAGCGUAAAGUAGACGAUAUCACGAGAAACAUUAGACGCGACGGCUGGCAAGCGCUCAGUAUACACGGCGACAAAAAUCAGCAGGAGAGGGAUCACGUGUUGCAGGAAUUUCGUAGCGGAAGAGCGCCAAUUUUAGUUGCGACCGAUGUGGCUGCCAGAGGUUUGGAUGUGGAUGAUGUGAAAUAUGUGAUAAAUUUCGAUUAUCCAUCCUCAUCGGAAGACUACAUACACAGAAUCGGACGAACUGGGCGCAGACGACAAACCGGCACGGCGUACGCGUUUUUUACAAGCCACAAUAUGAAGCACGCCGGAGACCUCAUAGAAGUGUUACGCGAAGCAGGUCAGAAUGUGAAUCCGCGCCUCAGCGAAAUGGCUGAGAUGGCAAAAGCGGGCAAUUUUAGCGGUAGAAAUGGGAAGCGUUUUGGCACUUCCGUCGGCAUUGGUGAUAGAAAUAUCCGAAGAGGCAGUAGUGACAGUAGAGGAAGAGGAAGUGCUUCAGGAAGAGGAAGAGGUGUUCCUCGAACUGGGAAUUCCUAUCCUCCUUCUUCGAACGUCUAUUCGGGACAGGAUUAUAGUAAUUAUACUAGUAUGAAACCAAGUGGUUCCGCUAUAGGUCAGAACGCGGUGUACGGAUAUAGUACGCAGAGAAGCUAUGGGCAGGCCACUAUGCCACAGAGUUACGGCGGCGGCGAUAAUUAUGGAAGUGGUUAUCCAUAUAGAGGUGCAACUUAUUAAUCGCGUUUUUAAUGUUUCCUAUUGAUAGCAUGUAAUCACUCGAUGGUGUAAUAAUCUGUCCACGUUUAGUUAGUCCGACUCUGUGGUAAAAUUUAUAAUAGAUCCAAAGAGAGAAGAGGAUGCAGAAAAGUAUUGACGCAUAUGAUCAGCGAUAAUAUAUCGUACUAUUCAGUGAAUAUUAACGAUUGUAAAUCGACAUUUAUACAUUUGUUGAAUGUAUACAUAAUGUCAAGCGAUUUGCUUAUGUCGAAUUUAAUGCAUCGAACAAAGUUGAAAAAACUUCGAUGCAAUUUUAAUGCGUUCGUAGCUAAUUUUGCGAGGAGAGUAUAAGUUCCUAUGCAAUAUCAGGUUCGUAUUAGUAAUCGUUAGUUGAUAUCUGAAUAUUUUCUAAGAUAUUUGAAUGUAGAGUUUUUAGAGAUAGUCGGAGUUUUUUUAAUUCAAUCGUACAAUGCACGUGACAUUAUAUUUGUAAUCGCGAUUCGAUUGAAAGACUCUUAUCUAAUUUAAAUCUGGAUAUCUCGCGUGAGACAAGUUCCAAGUAUCGAUUAUUAAUACGAGUCUCAAAGAAUGCAGUUACUUAAAAGCCAAAGUAUUUAUUUAUUAUUUGUUCCUAAGUAAUUUUAAAUUAUGCAUUUCAAAUGUAGCGUACACAUAGCGUUUUACAGAGGUGUAAAACUGUUUCACAGGCUGUAACUAUUUUACAGUGUUCAGUGUGUAUGUGUUGUAUGAAGAAGAAGAGAUAUGAGGAUAUGCACCUUAAGUGCUGUUUACAUAAAUUGAAGCUAUUUGUGUCACAAUACUUGAAUCGAAGAUACUUUGUUGCAUUUAUUUGAAUUUAAUAUUGUUACAUAUUUUAUAACUAUUGUCAUUUCUUUCAGACAAAAGUUCUUUAGCAAUUUCAAGAUUUUUUCUGUUUUCAAGAAAAGACUGAUAAUUAUUACAUACGUUGUUAUUUAACUUUUGCGUUUUGGUAAUGUUACUAAUAGGACUGUGUUUGUAUAUUUAUGACUUUUUGGACUUUAAAACUUUACUCGUCGAAGUCAUUUUAAGUCAAUAUAUGGAGCUAUUUCCGAAUUAAACAUUCCGAACUACGACGAGUUUGCGAAUCUGUGAAGCUGUGGAAGGAAAAUACGGUCGUAUGUGAUGUGAUGAUCUAUAUAUAAAUACAUUAAUACUAAUUAACAUUAGUAUCACAAUUAAUGUGUUAAUUGAAAUAUAUAUAUAACAAAUUAUUAUAUUUUAAUAUUAUUUCUAUAAACAUUUUUAUGCUGUCCUGAUAAAACUGGCGCAAAUUACAUUUUUCCUAUCUACAUGAUUUUAAACAAUCAACUGAAUAAUUGUUUCCAUUAAUUGUGAUACUAGCAAAUAGGUCGAUUAGUUAGAUCAACAAUUGUUUCUUUUUGUGAUAGCUGUGAUAUAUCGAGUUUGUAGCUCAGCAUUAAGAUAUAAUAGAAACGAACCUUCAUAUAGAAAAAGAGAUUAAGAGUGCUAGUGUAAAGAGUGAUGUCUCUUAAUUUUGACUACGACUUUAUUACAUAUUUUUCGGCCAUAUUGUUUAAGUCCUCAACUGUGUUGUUUUGUUGUUUGUUAUAUAGUUUUAUGCUGCAGAGUUAAUAAAAUUAACUUUUUCGCUUCUGUCACUCGAAAUUGAAUGGUUUUCCAAAUUUCCCUUAAAUAUUGUCAGUAUAUGAAGUACUAACACUGCAUUUUGAUAAAACAGACCGCUUGAGGUUUUAUAGAGUUAUGUAAAAAUGUUUUAUAAAUUGAAUCAAUAUAAACUAAAUUUUUUUAAACGUA